GGUGAGUCUAAGCGCGAGGCUCUGGGUUUUAUGUAUUCAAUUGAGAGCUGGGUGAGGGAAGGGAAAGAGAUUGGGAUUUUGACGCUGCUGCUGUGUCGUUUUCCUUGCGGGCGGGGCUAUACUUACUUGUAACCAGCAAACCGCACCUCCGAAAAUGACGACGACGACGCCCUUCCCAUCCACCCCCAUCGCCUCGCUCCCAGGGACGCCCUACCCCAUCCACGCGCUCGCCUACUCUGCCGCCCCCGCGGCAUAUAUCCUCACUGGCUCGGGGGAUAGGGCGAUACGGCUGUAUAACCCAUUUCCUGCAAGCAGCGGGCCGAGGGGCGCGGUGCAGCCGGGGAAAUUGGUGCAGACGUUUGAGGCGCAUGGGUAUGAGGUGUUGGAUUUGUGUGUUGCUAGUGAUAAUGCGAGAUUUGCAUCCUGCGGCGGCGACCGCUCCGUCUUCCUUUGGGACGUAGCGACCGCAAAAACAACUCGGAGGUUCGGUGGCCAGCACGGCCAUACAGCGCGUAUCAACACCGUAGCGUUCGCGGGUGUGGAUGAGAGUGUACUCGUCUCCGGUUCCUUUGACGCCAGCGUGCGGUUAUGGGACGCGAAAGCCUCAUCAAUGAAACCCAUCCAAGUCCUCUCUGAAGCGCGCGACGCCGUUCAAGUUGUCCUCGUCUGCCCGGCACGGCCGGCGGAGGUUCUGGCGGGCAGCGUGGAUGGGCGGGUCCGCUGCUAUGAUAUCCGCAUGGGGAGGUGCGUGACGGAUGUUAUUGGGGAGCCUGUGACUAGCCUCUGCGCGACGGGGGAUGGGGAGGGUGUCCUUGUCGGGUCGCUUGGGGGGGUGAGGUUGAUGGAUCGAGGGAAUGGGGGGAGUUUGAUGAGUUAUGAUGGCGCGGUGGGGGGGAGUUUAGGGUGA